UCCCUCUCUCCUCAAUCGCAGGGCUGCGCUCACCGACUCGACACCGCCAACAGGGAUGCAGCGAGGGCGCAGCGCAGCCUGAAAAAUGGCACCACCACGCGUCCUGUGGAUCUAUCCAUCCCUUUUCCUCCUGUCCUCCCUGCUUCUGCUUUUUCACGCGUUGUCGCCGUGCCGAGCCUUACGGAAUUACCCGGAGAAUGAAGUUACGUUGCUGGACUCCAUGUCAGCCUUGGCCGACCUGGGCUGGGAAGCUUAUCCUAAUGAGGGGUGGGAGGAGAUCAGUGUGAUGGAUGAGAGGAACACCCCAAUGAGGACCUACCAGGUGUGCAACGUCAUGGAGGCCAACCAGAACAACUGGCUGAGGACGCGUCACAUCAGCCGAGAAGGAGCGCAGCGAGUCCACAUUGAGAUCAAGUUCACCCUGAGGGACUGUAACAGCCUGCCAGGGGUACCUGGCACCUGCAAGGAGACGUUCAACAUGUACUACUAUGAGUCCAACAAUGCCAACUUGUGGUUCAUCAAGGAAAGCCAGUAUGUCAAGAUCGAUACUAUUGCUGCAGAUGAGAGUUUUACACAGGUGGAUGUUGGCGACCGUGUGAUGAAGCUGAACACGGAGGUACGGGACAUCAGCAACCUGAGUAAAAAGGGUUUCUACCUGGCCUUCCAGGACCUGGGCGCCUGUAUCGCUCUGGUCUCUGUCAGGGUCUUCUACAAGAAGUGUCCCCUCACUGUGCUCAACCUGGCCCAGUUCCCUGACACGAUAACGGGCGGAGACACGGCACUGGUGGAGGUCCACGGUGUGUGUGUGAACGCCUCUGAGGAGUUUGAGGCUCCAAAGAUGUACUGCAGUGCAGACGGAGGCUGGCUGGUUCCCAUCGGGAGGUGUGUGUGCAAACCGGGUUUCGAGGAGAACAAGGACGUCUGCCAACCAUGCAGACCAGGCACCUACAAAGCUUCAGCCACAGAUGCCUACUGCACCAAAUGUCCCCCUCACAGCUCGUCCCCGCAGGAACAAGCCGUCGAGUGCGUCUGCGAGAAGGGUUUCUACCGCGCCGAGACCGACCCACGCUCCAUGGCCUGCACACGUCCUCCAUCUGCUCCAGAGAACCCCAUCUCCACUGUGAACGAGACCUGCGUCACCUUGGAGUGGUCACCGCCCAGAGACACAGGAGGCCGGGGAGACAUCACCUACAGCCUCCACUGCAGGAAGUGCUCCGGUGACAGCAGGAAGUGCACACCGUGCGGUAGUAGCGUCCAUUUUGUUCCUAGACAGUUCGGCCUCUCGUCAGCCACCGUGCUGGUCACAGACCUGCAGCCGGACUCCAACUACAGCUUCACUGUUGAGAGCCAGAACGGAGUGUCGGAUCUAAGUCCCACACCCAGGGGAACAGUAGUCAUCAACGUCACUACUUCACAGACAGUGAGCGUCGUGUUGAAGGAGAGGCGGAGCAAGGACAGUGUGACUUUGGCCUGGCAGGGUCCAGAGAGACCAAAUGGAGCGAUAGUGGAGUAUGAGGUCAUCUACUAUGAGAAGAAUCAGCGGGAGCAGAACUACACAGUCUUGAAGACUCGCUCCAACAUGAUGACAGUGGACGGGCUGAAGCCAGGGACCACCUACGUGUUCAGGGUCAGGGCUCGGACUGAUGGGGGCUAUGGGAGCUACGGCGGAGAGAUCGAAUUGGAAACAAGCCACGAAGAUGUCUUUGCCAUCGGGGACCCUAACCAGUCCACCAUUCUGGCUGUGUCCAUCGCCGGGGGAAUCGUUCUGCUCAUCUUCCUGGUGACUUGCUUCGUUGUCAGCGGAAGGCACUGUGGAUAUAUUAAAGCCAAGCAGGACCCUGACGAAGAGAAGAUGCAGUUCCAACAUGGCCGAGUUAAGCUGCCAGGCAGCAGGACCUACAUCCAUCCUCACACCUACGAAGACCCCAACCAGGCUGUCAGAGACUUUGCCAAAGAGAUCGAUGCUUCCAAUAUUCGCAUAGAGAGAGUCAUUGGAGCUGGAGAGUUUGGGGAGGUAUGCAGUGGUCGGCUGCGUGUUCAGGGAAAGAGGGAGAUCUAUGUGGCCAUCAAGAGUCUGAAGGCAGGAUACUCGGACAAACAGAGGAGGGACUUCCUGUCUGAGGCCUCCAUCAUGGGACAGUUUGACCACCCGAACAUCAUCAGGCUGGAGGGAGUCGUCACAAGAUGUAAACCAGUGAUGAUCAUAACGGAGUUCAUGGAAAACGGAUCUCUGGACACUUUCCUCAAGAAACACGACGGCCAGUUCACAGUGAUCCAGCUGGUUGGCAUGCUGCGUGGCAUCGCUUCAGGUAUGAAGUACCUGUCAGACAUGAGCUACGUUCACCGAGACCUGGCAGCUCGAAACAUCCUGGUCAACAGCAACCUGGUGUGUAAAGUGUCUGACUUUGGCCUGAGUCGGGUUCUGGAGGAUGACCCAGAGGCUGCGUACACGACAAGGGGAGGGAAGAUCCCCAUCAGAUGGACAGCUCCAGAGGCCAUAGCCUACAGGAAGUUCACCUCAGCCAGCGAUGUGUGGAGUUACGGUAUCGUCAUGUGGGAGGUGAUUUCAUACGGCGAGAGACCCUACUGGGAGAUGUCCAACCAGGAUGUGAUCAAAGCAAUAGACGAGGGCUACCGUCUUCCUGCCCCUAUGGACUGUCCUGUGGUGUUGCACCAGCUCAUGCUGGACUGCUGGGAGAAGGGACGCAGCGACAGGCCAAAGUUUGGACAGAUUGUCACAAUCCUGGACAAGCUCAUCAGAAACCCAGCCAGCCUCAGAGAGCUGGCCAACAGCUCAGCAUGCAGGGAGGACCUGUCCACCCCAGAGUUCAGUGUGAGCACAGUGGAUGAGUGGUUGGAGGCCAUCAAGAUGGGCCAGUAUAAGGAGAACUUUUCCAGUGCUGGAUAUGUCAGCUUGGACUCAAUCCUCUACAUCAGUGUCAGUGAGUUGGCUAAGAUGGGUGUGAGUCUUGCCGGCCACCAGAAGAAGAUUUUGUCCAGCGUGCAGAGCCUGCAGACCCAGGGGACACACGUCCAAGUAUAACAGUUUCCACAAAAACACACAGUGAGACAGAGCCAAAAUGGAUGCUCCUGUGAAGAGUUUCCCAACUGAAAUGGAGUUGUAAUGGAUACUCUGUGCUCGGGCCUCCAUUGAUUUUGAGACACACUGAGACGGAGACAACAUGGACGCUUGACUCCUUCACCUUCUCGCAGUUUCACCAUUCUUCCCAUCCCUCGAUGGGCACUACCGGCUUUAGCACUCAGCAGCAACACAGCCACCAUUACGGAGCAACAGAGAGACACACGUCCAACAACAAGGCCACAUCUAGAGCAUCCCAGACCAUUUCACAUCAUAUCAGCUCAACAAAAGAAGAAAAAAAAAUAUUCUUAACAAAAGAAAUGACAAAAAAAAAAAAGAAAUUAGAAUAUAAUUAUCAUCACUGUCUGUGAGGUGUACAGUUGUUUUUUACUGUCAUUUUGUUUCUGUUCGGAGUUUUCACCUUGAAGAGUUUAAAAAGGGUCAGAAGAUAUGUAUAUGUGUAGAUAUAUGUUUAUAUGGGCUGUGCGUCCCACAACCGUAGAGAUGGACCUAACGUUUGUAUUGGUGGUGAGGUUUAUAUCGCUCAACCUUAAUGGGAGUUAUUACCUAGUACAUGUAUGGCCCCUUCCAUUGUAUACAGAAAGCCAAUAAGUGAGCCAAGGUACUGAAUGACAUGAAUGUGUGGGGUGAGGGGAGCAGAAAACUGGACCUUUAGAGAUAGAGAGGGAUGUAGAUUUUGCUAGCUCAUGUAGGAUGGAAGUAUGACUCAUUUAAAUAGUGUAUUUGACCAGGGCAAGGGCUUCCCUAGAGACUGCUCUCAGACACACUUCCAUAGCAACUAGACCCAGUGCACCUUUGCCAGUCUGCUUGCACUUGUGAUGUAACUGAGUGCAAAGAAACUGCUUGAGCUGCAGUUGGCACAGAUACAUUUUUACUCUUCCAUAACUGACUGUCUAUUCCAAACAACAUUGUCUAUUCAGCUGUUACAGCACAAUGUUGUUGGGAAUAUUUCAGCCCAAAAGUUUGCCUUCCCAUGUUUCAGGUGUGUUAAGAGAGUAUUGUGUAGAGUGAAGGUGAUGCCAAGGUCAUCAUAGAGUUGACACUGUUAAGAACGUUUACCUUGUUUUUCCAGUGUUGUGCCAUGUACAGUAGUAACCUUGAAAUGUUCAUCUGGGCAAUGUAACACUGUUCCUAUGUUACUGUGUCCUUUCAUCAGCUCCCAUGGCUGGAUGGUAACACAAGGCCAGUCACAGUAAUUACAUUGUUUUGUUCAAACAGUCUGCUUGAUGAAAAGGAGCAUUGGAAUGGAGCCCUUUUUUUCCAGAAAGAUGAAAUAUACGCAGUGUUGAUUUUCAGCUGUGCCACCACGAGAGGGUAAAAAAAAAAAAAAAGAUGAUUUGUGUGUCUUGUACUGUCUCACUUACUUGUUAUCAGUCAUGCCAACCUGUUUCAAGCAUCCCUAGUUUCAAACCAAUACUGAUAAGGUAAAUUUACAAAACAAUGUUUACAGCGAAAAGCAAAUAAAUUGGUUUGUUGGUUUUUCCUUAUCAGAGGAAAACUGCUGCUUAUCACAUUAAAUACAAGCUUAGAUAUGAUGGGACCCUCUUUGUGUGCACUGCAUUAAUGGCACUGAAUUUGUUUUAGUGUAUUCCCAAACCCAGUUUUAAUAUAUGUGGUACUCUAUAGGACCAACAGUGGCAUAAAGUACAGUAUAUAUGAUUGUAUCAUAGUGUAAAAUAUGUACAGUGUUGAUUUCCAAUGUUAGAAUGUUUGUAAUGAUAACGAUGAUGAUGACUAUGAUGUACUUUUAUUGUGAAAAAGAGAUUUCUGAAGUACUCGUUCAGGGGCGGGUCAUACAGAAGAAAGGUGAAGGAAGGUGGUCUGAACAAAGGAAUGUAGCAUGGCGCGAAGCUUCAGCUUUGAUGGACAGGUGACAGUGACUGCAGUUUCUACCAUAGUGUUAGGAUGAGUAGAAUGGACUUUCCUUAUUGAUACACUGGCUUCAUUUGCAUACCUCCCGUAAACAGUAAUUACAUGCACUUUUCAAGCCUGCGUCCACCAACGAAACAACCUGUAAAAAUGCUUGUUUGGGUGAGGUAGAGAUGGAAGGAGGGAGGUCGAGAAAAGAGACGUCCUCAGAUUGAAUUUCUAUCCACUGACAUCACAAACUGAACAGUAGCUAAACCCCUCCCCCAAGCGGAAACUGUCCAGUCAUAGCUUAGUGACUGUAACUAGGAACGGCAGACCUGUCAUGCUCUGCAUUUCUCCGCAUGCUUAAGGGAUCUGCAUGUAAGAAUAUGGAGGGUGGUGACUUUUUUUCAACCUUUCCAAAAUCCAAAAUACAAGAGCACAUGUGUAUGGAAAGGAUUAAACAGUGUGUCUGUCUUCUAAUCUAAACUGCAACCGUUAGCAUGUCAUCCAACUCACUAACUACCUAUAAUAGUAAUAAAGCAAUACUUCCACUGCCAAGGUGCACGUCGCUAAUAAACUAGAUUACAUCUGUUUGAGCCCCAUUCACAACUAGCUCAUCCACUGUGUUGUAAAGCUGGUCUCGGAGCCAUCAGAUUCAAGGACACCGUUAGCUCUGCUACGUUUGGCAAAUACAUCUGUUCGUCCUCAUACUAAAAGCCUUACGUUUAGUGAUGUCAACAGUGAACCAUGUUAUUUGAAAAUCUAAAAACGGACGGCCUCUUUUAAACCUCUUUUUCAAGUUUUUUUUAAAUUUUAAAACAUUAAAGAAGACAGCCGGAGACUGUUUUCAGCCAACUCAUGGAGCCAACGUUAGUUUAACUAGCUUAGCCAGCUAGCUUUAGCUAUUACAAUAUGCCAGUUACUAAUGUCCUUUUAGCCAGAAAAAAAUGUUCGGUGGCUAGAAAUGAGAAGUCUGUUUUUGUCUACCUCUGUCUGAAAUCAAGGACCCAGUGCUUUAAAAAUGACCAAGCGCUGCUCGAGUCGCGCUGCUUUCGCGAGCAAGCUCAAAAAUAGAAAGGGCGCCGAUUUAGUCGCGGUAUUCAACAAAGAACACGAGUUUGCGUGUGUUAUGACCUCUCUCGGCCACCACAGACAUCUCCCCCUUGACCAAGUGAGACCUGACAGGCAGAUGUUUCAUGUAAUUACCCAUUUGUAGUGCUAAAUAUUAAUUCUCAAAGCUUAGGAAUAAUCAAUGGCGUGUGAACCUGUCCAUCUUGGGCUUUGGGUCCAAACUCACUUCUUCUUCUUUGGGGUUUAUUGGAGAUUUGCAAACAUGGUGCACUACCACCACCAACUGUUGGGGCUUGGUUUGUAUUUUGACAGGACAGCAGUGGUAGCUGCGCUAUGCGUCUGUUCGGUUUUGGUGCGAAUACACGUGUGCUGCCGCAACACUUGUGGAUCGCUUGCGGUGUAAAUGAGGCCUUAGAGUUAAAGGUUAAAGUUUGAAACAGAUUUAAUAAAGUAGUGAAUUUAGAAAUACACAAGUUCUGUUUUUUGAUUUUUAUCGUGGUAUCAAAUGAGUAUAGAGAAUCGUGGAAAUUCACUGGUAUUGGUAUCGACUACUGAAAUUCUGGUAUCGUGACAAGCCUAGCAGUAGCUAAGCGGGCAGGGCUUAGUGAAAUGUCAGCUGGGCAGCAGUUUGAAAAACCACUAUCAGGCCCUUUAGUUGUGCUUUUUCUGCCCUGCUGUUUCAGAAUACAAAACAAAGUACAGUACAAUUGGGAGAGUCUGAAACUGUUAGUACAUUCUACUCUUGCUAACUCUAUGAUUUCACUCUAGCGGACUACCCUUGACCGCUGGCCUUUUAGAUGCCUUAUUUACUGAGCUAUUGUUCUUUUCUGUUGCCCUAUAGAGGCGAUAUUAAGAGUAAAGUGUAUGUACAGGUAGUAUUUAUCUGUGUUCUUAAGAUGACCUCACAUCAACACCCUGGUUUUGUAACAUCCCAGAGACCCCCACCCCCACCCCCCCCCAGCAGCACCUUCACUUUGACUCCUCAGAGCAGAACAAAGCUGUUUUGUUCUUAAAAUAUUACGAGGAAUCUUGAAGCUGAUGACCUGUAAAAGCUGUUGUUAUUUAUUUGAGUCAUAAGAUAUUCAAUUAGAUUAUGGAUGUUGUUAGCUUAGAAUUUGAUAUAGGCUAUAUUUGGUUGCAAAAUUAUUUCCACUUGCUAAAUUUCCUCAUGCAGUGUCAGGACUAGAAAAAGAGUUUCACUCAAAAAAUAUGGGUGCAUUGCGACAAUGUCCUCCCUUUUUACAAGUUUGUUCAACACCACCACUUUCUAAAUUUUAAGAAAACAGGGGUCAUACCCACACUUUGGUUCCAACUCUCAAAACCCCAGGUUUGUGUCACUAUUCACCCUAUCCAGGUUAGCUAUGUGGGAUGGUUUGCUUGAUCUCAAAUACAGUGUUUGUCCUUCAUUCCCCACCAGGUCUGUAUUGUAAGUGUUCAUGAGUGACUCUCAUUCAAGACUUUCAGCUCUCUCCUCUCUCUCUUUCUUUGGCCACCAUACAAUGCUUAUUUGUCCCCAUGCCAGUUUCCUCUGCGUUGCUUGUUGUAAAGGGUGUAGGCAUUCUAAUGUCUUUCAUGUUGCUGUAAUAAAUAUGCUAAUAUUUCUAAUUUCUCA